CGAGUGAAUUUCCAUAUCAUUUCAUUCUAAUUUCAAUUUCAAUUUCAAUUUCAAACAACUCUCUCUCUCUCUCUAGAUUUGUCUACACAAGUGUGGUUUUACAGCGAUGGAGCGUUCGUUGUCCAGGUCGCGAUGGUCUUGUCUUUCCCGCCUUUUUGAGGAGGUGGCAGCUCUCUGGUUGUGCGUCUUUGUUGGGUGAUAAUGGAUUCAUAUUCGUAUUAACACAGAUUAUUAGAAUUUUAAUGAUCUCCAUGCUCUGGAAAUAACCUCUUGGUCUUCCUUGUCCUCUGAUUCCUAUCUCAAUGCCUUCUGAAAAGUUUUUCUGCAAUUUAUUGAUUGAUCUGCAGUUAACUGAAGCAUGUGUAGUGGUCCGGAACAAUUAAAUCCUGAUACUCCGGCUCCUUCUUCUUCCCCAAAAAGUGCAACUAUGACUAAAGAUACGAGUAAUUUGCCUGGAACAGUGAAGACUGAAAUUUCUUUCUCAAGUCUGCUUGAACUUGCUGCAGACAAUGAUGUUGAGGGGUUCAAGCAAUCAAUUUUGCGUAUUGCUUCUGCAAUUAAUGAAAUGGGACUCUGGUAUGGUCGUCAGAGAGCAUCAAAACAGAUGGCACUCGAGAAUCGAACCCCGUUAAUGGUUGCUGCCAUGUAUGGCAGUGUUGAUGUUGUAAAACUAAUACUCUCUUUAUCCGAGGCAGAUGUAAAUCUUUCCUGUGGCCCAGAUAAGAGCACUGCCCUUCACUGUGCUGCAUCUAGUGGAUCUGUCAAUGCUGUUGAUGUUGUAAAGAUGUUAUUACUUGCUGGUGCAGAUCGCAAUUUGACUGAUGGCAAUGGCCAUAGACCUAUUGAUGUUAUUGUCGCUCCUUCAAAGUUUCCUGACUUGAAAGAUACCCUUGAAAGGCUCCUCAGGAAUGAUGAUUCUGUUCAUCUACCGGACAUUAAGGUAUCCUUUGGUGGUGAGAAAUCGAAUUCGUCAUCACACUUAUCGUCUCCAGAAAAUGGUCCCUUGUCUUCUGCUGUGGAUUCAGCAUCAUCACUAAAUAAUUUUAGGCUGAGUGAUACCCGAGCAUCCUCUCCACCGGAGAGGAAAGAAUACCCGGUUGAUCCUUCUCUUCCAGACAUCAAGAACAGUGCAUAUUCCACUGAUGAAUUUCGAAUGUUCUCAUUUAAGAUCUGGCCUUGUUCUCGAGCGUAUUCUCAUGAUUGGACUGAGUGCCCUUUUGUUCAUCCAGGUGAGAAUGCCCGAAGAAGAGAUCCAAGGAAGUUUCAUUACAGUUGUGUGCCUUGUCCAGAUUUUCGUAAGGGGCAAUGCAGACGUGGGGACUUGUGUGAGUAUGCUCAUGGGGUUUUUGAGUGCUGGCUACACCCAGCACAAUACAGGACCAGACUCUGCAAAGAUGGCACAGGUUGCUCCCGCAGGGUUUGCUUCUUUGCUCACACAUCUGAGGAACUUCGGCCACUAUACAUGUCUACAGGAUCUGCUGUUCCAUCCCCCCGAUCAUCCACUUCUGCUGCUACUUUCAUGGAUAUGGCUGCAACAUUGAGUCUUUUGCCUGGUUCUCCGUCAGCAGUUGGUGGCAUGGCACCUCCUCCUUUCAAUCCACCCAUGUCCCCUUCUGGAAAUACUAUUACGCACCCAUCUAUGGCUUGGCCACAGCCAAAUAUCCCCACUUUACAUCUGCCAGGAAUCAAUUUACAGACAAGCCGUCUGAGAUCUUCUCUUAACGCCAGGGACAUCCCGGCUGAGGAGCUUGAAAUGCUCCUAGAAUUUGAAGUUCAGCAACAGCAGCUUUUGAAUGAUAUGUCAUGCUUCUCGCAGACACAUCUUAACACAUCCUCCACAAAGCUUCCUGUUCAUUCGAAAACCCUAACCCCUUCGAACCUUGAUGAGUUUUUCUCCACAGAGGUUUCAUCUCCUCGAUUUUCUGAUUCAGCAGUUUUCUCUCCAUCACACAAGUCCAUGGUUCUAAAUCAAUUCCCGCAACAACAGAACCUGCAACAACAGAACCUUUUAUCUCCAAUCAACACGAAUGUAUACUCUGCGAAGAAUGUUGAUCACCCAUUCUUGCAGGCAUCGUAUCAUGCUUCAUCUCCUGGGAGGAUGUCACCUCGAGGCAUUGAGCCGCAAUCCCCAUUUAGCCCUAGGCUAUCUAAUCAUGCUCAGCGCGAGAAGCAGCAGACACAGCUACGCAGCCUUAGCUCACGUGAUCUUGGAACCAAUCUUCCAUGGGAUCUUGGAUCCAAUGGUGCAGGAAUUGUUGGUUCUCCUGUGAGUUCUUUGUCAAAUUGGGAUUCCCCCAAUGGGAAAGUGGAUUGGUCUGUUAAUGGAGAUGAACUAGCUCGAGUUCGUAGAUCAUUUUCAAUUGAUCAUAACAGGGAGGAGCCUGACCUGUCAUGGGUUCAGUCGCUGGUGAAAGAAUCACCAACUGAGACUAAAGAAACUUCCAUUAUACCAGUCUCGAGUGCCACAUCGUCGGGUGAGGUUUCCGACUUGAACUCAAUUGAAAAACUUGAUCAUGCAGUUUUGGGAGCAUGUCUAGAGCAGAUGCAGCUUGAUCAAAUUGUUGCUUAGUAUAUGUGAAACCAUAUUUACUAAGCAUGGGCGGGAAUCAGUAUAGUAAGACCAAAAAAUAAUAUUUGUUUUCAUUGGUUGGUGAUGUUGGGAGGUAAGAUGACUACAGUAGAGUGGGGAAGGAGGAUGCUCAGGAAAAAAGGGUAAUUCAUUUAUCUAUUUAUUAUUGUUAUCAUUUCAGCAGUCAAAAGGGAUAAGAAAGCCUAUCUGGGUCAUUUGCAAACAUCUCAGCUUAGGUAGUUUCUCUUCCCAGAUUUUGAAAUUUAGAUCUUUAUUUUUUCCCAAAAUUUCUUCUGGUUGAGCUCUAGGUUUGCUGUCUAUUUUAGUUUAAUUGUAACUUAUUAUUAUUAUUACAAUAAUGAUCAUCGUUAUCUCAGAUGAAGUUCUUGCUGUUGUUGAAUAUAGUGUGGAAGGGGGAAUAUUAUGAUCUUGGAAUUUUGUUUUUACUGCUAGUUAUUUGACUAGGUCUCUGAUUAUUAAUUUAAAGAAAGGAGGGGGGAAGAAAUGGGGUUGCUGAUGUGGUCCAUUAAAGAAUGAAUUAUUGUUGGGGCAGAAAGUGACAGCCUGUGGGGGCAUUUGGUUCUUUGAUGAUGUAACAUUGAAUUAGAAGUUUUAUUAUUAUGAGAAUAUAACAAAUUUUAAUAUGCCUA